AUGAAGGGAGAUAUUUCUCUCUUUGCCCGGGAGAUGAGAAAAUUGAUAAACCACAAGGACAUGAGUGAUGUCAAGUUUGUGGUAGGUGAAAAUAGACGUACAAUAUUCGCACAUCGUUGUGUUUUGUCCUCGCGUUGUGAAGUAUUCCGUGCAAUGUUUUCAGACCAGGCAGCAUCGGGAGAAGAUAACACAGUACCAUUUAUUCUCUCAGAUGUGGACCCAGAGAUAUUUUUAGCUGUUCUAGAAUUUAUUUACACAAACUGUGUCACGUUAAGUGGCAAAAUAGCAGUUGACGUGUUGGCAUCCUCUAUAGAGUAUGGAUUAGAUGAACUAAAAAAACUUUGUGUAGAAUAUCUAAUAGAAAGCUUGUCUGUGACCAAUGCAUGCUAUGCAAUGCAUGCAGCUGUUACUUACGGUCAAGAUGAACUCAGGGAGUCUUGCUUGAAAUUUAUUGAAGAAAAUACUAAGUCUGUGUUCAAGACUGAUGGGUUCCAUGAAAUGUCAGAUGAAUCCCUCUCUGUUGUUCUGGAAAGUGAUAGAUUGUUACUGGAUGAGAUGGACAUACUGUCCUGUGUUAAACAGUGGGCCUUAGUCAAUUCAGCUGUAGUGCAUAAAAAAAUUGGCAUUGUAGCAGAGUCUGUCAUAUCACAUGUUAGGUUACCUUUGCUCUCAGCUGAGGAACUCAAAAAGACGGAACAAGACAACAAGAAGGAGCCAUUCGUACCUGUUGCUAUGGUGUCGUUUGCCUGGAAGUACCAUGCACUGCGACAACCCGAGUGGGGGAAUCCACAAACUAAGUUGAGGAGAGGAACCACACAUAGAGACACGCAUGAUGGAUUACUUCGCUGGGACGAACAGACAUCUAAAGGCGGCAAAGAAGGCUGGUCCUCUCUUGUGUCAUGAGACCACUGAAUUCUCUUCUAGUCUUCAGAUUUUUAAGCAAAUAAGUUUACCUAAUACUUCUCCUGCUGUUUUUUCUCAUUCAUUUCGUUGAGGCUAUCAGCGGGAGAUGUGUUAAUCUUUUCAACUACAAAGACAUUUUUGUUACCUUUUUUUCAUAUUUUUGUAGAAUUGUUGAUCAAAACCAAUGGUAAUUUAUUUCCAUUUGAUCAAAAAUUAACAGAGAUAUCAUAGAAAAAUACAUACAAAUGUACAAAAUAUUGCACAAAAAAUUUGCUGGGAAAAAUAAAGACAUUCAUAGGUUUACAAUAAAGCCUACAUAACAGACA